UUGCCGCGGUGUGAUCGCGCGGCCUUCUUCCUCCUCUUCUUCUUCUUCUCCGCCUCUCAGCUCCGGCGCGCGGCUUCUCCCCGUGCACAGGCUUCUCUCUCUCUCUCUCUCUCUCGCGCUCUCUCUUUCUCUUUCCUCACCUCCUGCGCGGAUUUACGGCGGAAUGUCGGAGUACAGCACGGUGCCGCCGCCGCCUCCUCCCGGGGCCGGAGCAGCAGCACUGGGAGCCGCUGGGAUCAAGAAGGACGCGUUUGCGGACGCGGUGCAGCGCGCACGGCAGAUUGCGGCUAAGAUCGGUGGAGAAGUGACAGGCGGCCCUGUGAGCAAUAACGGCGGUACAGAGGGGUAUCCUUUCUCAGCACAGAAACGAUCACUGGAGGACGGAGAUCAGCCUGACAGUAAGAGGAUGGCUCCACAAAGUGACAGGGACAACGCUACAGCACUGUCUAUCAGUGCUCAGCUGGCAGCUCUCUCUCAGCAGAGUGGACGUCCUUCAGCUCUGACAGAGGAGUACAGAGUUCCUGACGGCAUGGUCGGCCUCAUCAUUGGCCGAGGAGGAGAGCAGAUCAAUAAGAUCCAGCAGGAGUCGGGGUGUAAGGUUCAGAUCGCUCCAGACAGCGCAGGAUUACCUGAGAGAAGCGUCUCGCUCACCGGGUCUCAUGAGUCCAUUCAGAAGGCCAAGAUGCUGUUAGAUGACAUCGUUUCUCGAGGACGGGGAACACCGCCCACCUCCUUCCACGAGUCCAACGGUAGCGGCCACAUGCAGGAGAUGAUCAUCCCGGCGGGAAAAGCCGGCCUCGUCAUCGGCAAAGGAGGAGAAACUAUCAAACAGCUCCAGGAGCGUGCUGGAGUGAAGAUGAUUUUGAUACAAGAUCCUUCUCAGGGACCAAACAUGGACAAACCCCUUCGCAUCAUUGGAGACCCGUACAAAGUGCAGCAAGCGAGGGAGAUGGUGCAGGAGAUUCUCCGAGAGAGGGAUCAGUUUGGAGACAGGAACGAAUACGGUUCACGCAUGGGAGGGGGUGGCGGCGGCGGAGGUGGAGGAAUAGAGGUGCGUGUACCCGUGCCACGUCACUCGGUGGGCGUGGUGAUUGGCCGGAGCGGUGAGAUGAUUAAAAAGAUUCAGAACGACGCAGGAGUCCGGAUACAAUUCAAACCAGAUGAUGGUAGUGGACCUGACAAGGUGGCUCAUAUCAUGGGGCCUCCUGACCGCUGUGAGCAUGCUGCCGGGAUCAUCAACGAGCUCCUGCAGAGCAUCCGUGUGAGAGAGGAGGGUGGAGGGGGACCUCCAGGUCCUCCCGGAACAGGUAUGCCUCCAGGUGGGCGUGGUAGGGGCCGCGGCCCAGGUAACUGGGGUCCCCCUGGCGGCGAGAUGACCUUCUCUAUCCCUGCCCACAAAUGCGGCCUGGUGAUCGGCCGAGGAGGAGAGAACGUCAAGUCGAUCAACCAGCAGACGGGCGCCUUUGUGGAGAUCUCGCGCCAGCCGCCGCCCAACGGGGACCCCAACUUCAAACUGUUCACCAUCCGUGGGAACCCGCAGCAGAUCGACCAUGCAAAGCAGCUCAUCGAGGACAAGAUCGAGGGUCCUCUGUGUCCUGUAGGUCCCGGGCCUGGUGGUCCUGGUCCCGGUCCAGCCGGCCCCAUGGGUCCUUAUAACCCAAAUCCAUAUCAGCCGGGGCCUCCAGGAGCUCCUCCACAUGGAGGUCCUCCAGGUGCCCAUCAGUACCCCCCUCAGGGUUGGGGAAACACUUACCAACAGUGGCAGCCGCCUGCACCUCAUGACCCCAGUAAAGCCGCGGCGGAUCACAGCGCCGCCUGGGCGGCGUAUUACGCGCAGUAUUACCAGCAGCCCGGAGGAGGUGCCAUACCGGGCCAGACGCCCAGCGCACAGCCCGCCGCUCCCGCCCCCGCCGACCAGAACCAAGCGGCCCAGAACUCGGGGCAACCCGAUUACACCAAGGCCUGGGAAGAGUACUACAAGAAAAUGGGGGAGACUCAGGCAGGCAGUGGCGCUAGUCCAGCAGCAGGUGGCACUCCAGCAGCAACAGGAGCAGCAGGACAGACUGACUACAGCGCUGCCUGGGCCGAGUACUACAGGCAACAAGCUGCUUAUUAUGGCCAAAAUCCACAGAACCCUGGACAACCUGCAGCCACACAGCAGGGCCAACAGGCGCAGUAAACCUGGCCAUGCCUGCUUUCUUCCUGAUGACCCCACCACCCACCUCUCUUUGCUUCUUGCCCCCACCUCCUCCUUCUCCUCCCCUUCCUCCAUCUUCCUUUUUGUUUCUGCUCAUGGUUCAUCCUCUUGCAGACGAAAGGACACGAACAAACGUCACCUUGUAAAUGAUCCGUCUCUCUUUUCCCCCUCUUCCCACUCAAAUGGACUAAAACCAAGCGUAGCUGAUUUUUCUUUUUUGUAUUUUUUUUGUUUUUCUUCGUCGCCGCUCAUCCUCCUCAUCUUCCUCUUUCUCAUCCUCUAAAUGUGAUUGAAAUCCGUCGCCAGGGAAACAAAAGUGGGGGAAAGGCGUCACUGGUUAACCUCGCCCUUCCCUUGAACGGACUCGCACUUCACGUCUUCAUGUCAAGGUGUUAUUACUGCAUCUAAAACAGUGUAAAAAUCACGUGUUUCUUUUCUUUUUAGACUUUUAAAUUUUUUUUUUUGUUUUAAAAAUCAGUUUGGAACAUUCCCAGUGUGAGUGUUUGCAUGGUGUGUGUGUUGUGACUGGUCAUGUGACGCAUCUUCUCUUCCCCCUUCUCCAGGUUCAUGAAGCUCUGAUAUGAUUAUUAUAGAGGUAUAUAUUGAACGCUUGGGGUUUUGUUUGUUUUUUUGUUUUAUACAGUUUUUAAAACAUUCACAAUAAAAAAAGGAAAAAAAGGUUUAUUAAAAUUUUUUUUUUGUCUUCGUUCACUUCGCUACCGAGUCAGCUGGGUGUACGAAGGGGAAAAAAAUUCUCUAAUGUGGAAUCGAUAUUUCUCAUCAGUAUGAUGCAGCAUUUCACCCAGGACUUGUGUAACUGGUUUUAUUUGAUCAUUUUCUUUCUGUAACACGUUUCAAUAAAAUCCGAAAGCCACUA